GGCCUCUCCUUCUAUUGAUCUGUAGAAGUCAAGAAGAAGGAAAGUGAUCCAAGUGUUGUUCAAGGUUGUUUUCUCUGUCGUUUAUCAUUCUGUUUUCCCACCCUCAACACCGCACCCGUCCGAAACCCCAACCACUCGAGUUUCUCGAUAAUCCAGUUACAAGCAAGCCGGACUUGCUCGACAACCAGUCAUUCAUUCAAUAAUACCGAACCCGCCCCCCGAGAUAUUUGCAAUUUGCGACAUUUGCUGAGCGCGCCGCUCGCCUACGGUUUUACAGGACGAGAUCGAAUUUGCUGCUGCGCCUCCAAGAAAAAAAGACGAGAGAAAACCGACAGGGAAGAAAACAAUAAUUCAACAAUCUGAUACGACGGCAAUUUGUGUUUCUGGGAAACUCGAAAAUCCCAUUCGACAAAUAGCCCAGUCUCUCAUCUCAAGCCGCGUCGACGGCGAGCGAACGAACUGCCGUUUCCUGACCAAAGACUCGCCCUGUUUCCCCCUCCUGCUCUUCGAUAUCCAGUUUGCCCCUCCUAAGUUGCUUGGCUGCCAGGAAGGUAACAAGAGGGUACUGAGGAACAGAAGCAGACUGGACUUUUCAUUCGGCGCACGCACAAAUCACUCGCACUCAUUCGUACACCCCCUUCCGUACCCCGGUCGCUCUUCCCCGGUCCAGAGCACAGUGUCAUCGGCCUGUUAUUACACACAGUGCAGCGGUUCCUGCCACGCCCCUAACCCUUCCCAUUAAUUGCCCCUGGUCCCUGCCCGUCUAGACGGUCCAUCACCGCACACCACCCACCCCCCUCCCUCCAUUUCUAUCUUUCCGCCCCAGCCAGCCAGCUCUAGCUCUAGCUCUGUCGUCCCAACUCGGCUCGUCCUUCAACGCAGGUACCUCCAUCGCGGGCGAAGAAGAAGGGUACAAAUGUCAUCUCUACCCCCCAACCACGUUCGAGCCGACUUCAUGAGAUCAACAGCUGCAGUCAACAUGGCCGUCGCAUCCUCUGCGAAGGCCAAGUCGGCCUGCAAAGCCAACAGCAACAACAAUGCCAGCUCAAAGUCAAAGACACAAAUGCACCGUCGCUCAAGAACGGGAUGCUACACCUGCAGAUUGCGCCGCAAGAAGUGCGACGAGGGCUCACCAAUGUGCUCCGCUUGCAAACAUCUUGGUUUGACAUGUGAAUACAAACGGCCCAUGUGGUGGAGCAACAACGACGCUCGUCGCAAGCACAAGGACGACAUCAAGAUGAUUAUCAAGCGCAAGAAGCUCUCGGAAAAGGCGUCGCACACGAUUCAGACUUCCGUCGGCUCCCCCCCAGGCCUGUCGCACUCGUUGCCGACCUCUGCCACCUUCUCCGACCCUCUUGACCGCACUCGCUCUGCCUCCAUCGACUCGCACUUUUCCACGGCAUUCAACUUCAACAGCCCGCCAACCGUCGGUGCCGAGUAUGGCGCGUACAACCCGCAGAUGCACCCCGACUUCAUGUUUGGCAGCUUCCCCUCGCCGUACGAGAUUGAUGUCAAGACGGAACGACAGGUGUACAUGAACGAUGUGCCGACUCUGAGGGAGUCGACCAUCUCCACCUUCAGCACCUUUCACACACCCCCUCCUCCGGGCACUAUUCUGCCCUCGUCUGUGCCACUCGAAGGCGAAUGGACCGAACAGGUUUACUCGGAACGCAAGGAAUCACUCAGCGAGGAGACGCUCAACGUCAACUUCUUCGACUUCUCCCAUGGCCCAACCAUGUCCAACCGCCAAGUCGCAAUCGAGCUCGACGAGAACGACCAGCGCCUGCUGGACCACUUCGUUCAGUUUGUCCUGCCUACAAUCUUCCCCAUCCUCGACACGAACCAGCACGGCUCUGUCGGCUCCGAUCUGAUCCUUCCGGCCCUGCAGAACAACAAAGGCUACCUGCACUGCUGCCUAAGCAUCGCUGCCCAGCACUACAAGGCGACCAUGAAUGUAUCGGGCGAGGAGAUUGACCAGGACAUCAUGCGCCAUCGCUAUGCCACCAUCACAGCCCUGUGCGACGCUCUGACCAAGGACGAGAACCACCAGGAGAUUCUCGACGCUGCGUUGGGUCUCAUCUUCUUCCAGUGCGUCGUCGGCCGCUUCGACGAUGCGCUCCCCGACAUCCCAUGGCACCAGCACUUUCAAGCUGCCAUCAACUUGGUGCAGAAGCUUGACCUCCCUCGCCUGGUGUCGGACCCGAAUGAGCAGAUGAACCAAACGCCCUUUAACAUGACGUUGACGUCUUGGAUCGAUAUUCUCGGCGCGACCAUGCAGGGCCAAGCACCCACCUUUGCCCAUACCUACCGAGAGAAGCAUCUGUCAAACAGUCCCAGUCUUGGCCUCCGCGAGCUCAUGGGCUGUGACGACCGCGUCAUGUACCUCAUCUCCGAGAUCGCCUGCCUCGAGGCUCUCAAGGGCAGCGGAAUGGACGACAUUACCCUUUGUCAGCACGUACACGCACUUGGCGACCAGAUCAAUAUCACGGAGAUCGGAGAACCCGGCCCCAAGAUGCCUUACAACAACAAUGGAAGCCUGUCGCCAAAGCAGCUUUCCAAGAACAUGACAGCUGCCUUCCGUCUUGCCGCACGCAUCUAUCUCUGCAGCCUUGUGCCCGGCUUCAACCCCGCGCAGGCUUCCUGCGUCGGCCUGGUCGAGAAGCUCGCAAACGUUCUCCAGCUGAUCCCUUCGGGACCUGGAGGCUUUGAUCGCAGCCUCGUCUGGGUUUACCUCAUCGGCGGCUCUGUCAGCUUGCAUGGCAGCUCCUUCCGCGCCUUGUUUGAGGACCGCGUUGCGCAGCUUGGCGACGUCUCGGACUGCGGUUCCUUUGGCCGCGUCACCUCGCUCCUCAACGAAGUCUGGAUGCAAACGAGCAGCAUCAAGAGCAGCGACAGCUGCGCCGGCAGCCCUGGUUCCGCAUCGGGAUCGGAGGCGGUAGCAUACAUCCACUGGCGGGAUGUCAUGCAGAUGAAGGGAUGGGACUUUUUGCUGAUCUGAUAGCCUGGCUGGUUCCAAGCUGUACAGGUCAGCACUGAAGACUCGCUGGUCGUCUGCAUGGUAUGCGUACCGCCUUCGCAAAGGUGAUACAGGCAAUUGCCUACCCCUUCCACACGAACCAGGGUAACUAUCAGCGAGUUCAGUUCUGCUGGACACACUGAAACUUUCUCUCCUGAUUUUUUGAUUAUUCGUUUUGAUACCACAUUUUUCUUCGAUAUCUAUAUCAGCCUUGCCAAGGGUUGCUUUCUUGGGGUUACUAGAAGGACACGCCGCAAGGCACACACGGAGCGGACAUGAACGACGAGAGCGAAGACACUUGGAUCACACUUUUCUUUCUGCACACUUUCAUGGGUGAGGGUGCACGGGACAGCUGGGCCUGGCUGCCAGGAUGAUGGAUGACGAUGAUGAUGGAUGAUGGACAGGACCGCCGGGAUGAGGCCUUGGAACAUGCAACGGGGAAACAUGAGACGGGAUGAACCACUUUUUUCUUCUCUCUGGAUCAGACGGAACACACUUUUCCCCUCUCCCUACUUUCGUCUGAUCUCUUUGUUUUUCUUCUCUUUGGGUAUACCGCAUCAUGAGCAUGGGAAACGGGCUUCAUCGGCGUUUACUGGUUGGGAUAUGGGACUAGCAUUUCGGUGCAUCUGGACUGGAUCGGAUGAGACGGGCUCUGGGAGCUACGACGGGCUAGCUUCCCUGUUGACUUCACGCACAGAAGGGGGACUCGAUCGGUAGCCUUGCUCCACGGAGCAUUGGCUGGAUCGAGCAGGAUUGGGAUUUAUGUAAUACCAAGUUAUACCCAACCAUUUCAAAAAGCAGAAGACUUGGAAUCAUUUCAC